AUGGAGAGUGGCCCCGGGACUCCCCCGGCUGAGGCGCUGGGGACAGCGACCGAACCCCUUCAGCGUCCGCCGUCGCCGGCAGAGCCAGGGAAGCCAGACGGGGCGGCCCCGAGCCAGGAGGGCCAGUGCCAACAGCAGCGCUUUCUGAGGGCCGCCUACAUAUGUAACCAGAGCCCCGAGGACAGCGGCCCCGAGGAGGGAGCGCUCCAGUGCCUCGUGCGGGCCUGCGAGGCCCAGGGCGCUCUCCUCAGCACCAUGCGGUUCGGGGAGCUGGACUUCGAGGAGACCACCAUGCUCGAAGCCUUCUACAACGCAGAUAUUGCUGUGGUGGACAUGAGUGAUGUCUCCAGACAGCCUUCACUAUUCUACUAUCUUGGAAUUCGAGAAAGCUUCAACAUGACCAAUAAUGUGAUCCUGUACUAUGAUACUGACAUCGCCACUGCUCUUUUAUUGAAGGAUAUGGUAACUCAGAAAAACACAGUGUCUCGUGGAAAUUAUUAUUUCAUCCCGUACAUCAUGACACCAUGUGCUGAAUACAUUUGCUGUGAGAGCGAUCUCCAGAGGCAUGCCUCAGAGUACUUGCAACCCAACUGGGACACCAUGCUGAAUACCCUGAAUGUGACCUUGGUGGACAAAUUCACUAGCCUCCUCAGGAACAUCCAAAUAACCUCAUGUAUUUAUGACAAAGAAACCUUGUUAAAUGACAUCCAGAGAUCCAGAGAGAUAUACAAGGGCAAUGAACUGGCAAAGGAGCUGGCUCGGAUCAAAUUCCACAUAGAUGAUACCGAGAUUCUGACUUCAGAUAUCAUCAUUAAUUUACUGCUGUCCUACCAUGAUAUCCAGGACUACGAUGCAAUGGUAAAGCUGGUAGAAACACUGGACAUGCUGCCUAUGUGUGAUUUGACCGACCAACAUAAUAUUAAAUUCCACUAUGCAUUUGCACUGAACGGGAAAAAUAGCGCAGGCGACCGUGAGAAGGCUUUGCAGAUCAUGCUCCAGAUUCUGCAGAACUGUGACUGCCCAGCCCCCGACAUGUUCUGCCUGUGUGGAAUGAUCUACAAGGAUAUCUUUUUGGAUUCACACUGCAAAGAUAAUGCCAGCAGAGACAGCGCCAUUGAGUGGUAUCGCAAAGGUUUUGAGCUCCAGUCAUCACUUUAUUCUGGAAUUAAUCUUUCAAUUCUGCUGAUAGUUGCUGGACAACAAUUUGAAACAUCCAUGGAACUAAGGAAAAUAGGUAUCCAGCUGAGCAAUAUGUUGGGAAGAAAAGGGUGCUUGGAGAAAAUGAACAAUUACUGGGAUGUGGGUCAGUUCCUCAGCGUCACCAUGUUGACUAAUAAUGCUGGGAAGUCCAUCCAGGCAGCAGAGAAGUUGUUCAAAUUGAAGCCUCCAGUUUGGUACCUACGAUCAUUAGUUCAGAAUUUGUCUUUAAUUCUGCGCUUCAAGAAACUCAUUAUCGAACCGUCAUCCAGGAGAGAACGGCUUAACUUCUGGUUAGAUAUAAUUUUCGAAGCAUCAAAGGAAAUUGCUGAUGGACUCAGAUUUCCAGUUCUGGUAAUAGAACCAACAAUCAAAAUCUACCAGCCAUCAUAUGUCUCUAUUAAUAAUGAUGCUGAGGAGAAGACGGUUUCUCUAUGGCUUGUCUCACCUCCAGAAAUGAAACAAACCCAUGAAUGGAAUUUUGCAGCCACUUCCAUCAAGGGAAUAAGCAUAUCCGAAUUUGAUGGACAUUGUUGCCUUCUUCACAUCUAUGAUAACUCUGAUGACUUUCAAAUCUGCUUUUCCACCGAAGAGCACUGUAAUAGAUUUUGUUCUUUGGUCAAAGAGAUGAUAACAAAUGAAGUGGUCAAUACAGUGCAGCUGGAAGAAGACACUGAUGGGGACACCUUAGAGUAUGAGUAUGACCUUGAUCUGAAUGGUAAUCGAGUUGUGCUGGGGAAAGGCUCAUACGGGAUCGUGUAUGCCGGGAGAGACCUGAGUAAUCAAAUACGGAUAGCCAUCAAAGAAAUCCCAGAGAAAGAUUGCAGGCACUCCCAAUCUCUUCAUGAGGAAAUAGCCCUGCAUAAGAACCUCAAGCACCGCAAUGUCGUUCAGUACCUGGGCUCUGUUUCUGAAAAUGGCUACAUUAAGAUAUUCAUGGAGCAGGUGCCUGGGGGAAGCCUUUCUUCUCUUUUGCAAUCAAAUUGGGGGCCGAUAAAGGAGUCCACCCUCAAGGUCUACACUAAGCAGAUCCUGGAAGGCCUUAACUAUCUCCACAAAAACCACAUUGUGCACAGAGACAUAAAGGGUGAUAAUGUUCUGGUGAAUACCUAUAGUGGAGUGGUGAAAAUCUCCGAUUUUGGAACUUCUAAACGUCUUAUAGGAGUAAAUGCAUGUGCAGAGACGUUUGCUGGCACUCUGCAGUACAUGGCACCCGAGAUUAUUGAUCAUGGAUUUCUUGGGUACGGGUCCGCGGCUGAUAUCUGGUCCCUGGGCUGCACCAUCAUUGAGAUGGCAACUGGCAAGCCUCCAUUCUAUGAACUUGGUGAUCCUCAAGUAGCAGUGUACAAAGUGGGGUUGUUUAAGAUCCACCCUGAGAUUCCAAAAGUCCUUUCAGCUGAAGCCAGAGCCUUCCUUUUAUCCUGUUUCGAGCCUGAUCCCCACAAACGUGCCACCGCCGCUGACCUGCUCCAAAAGGAUUUCUUAAGGCAGGUGAACAAGGGCAAGAAGACCCGAAUUGCUUUCAAGCAAUCAGCGGGUUCCCAGGUGACUGCCUUGACCCUGGGCAUAUUGGGGGAAUCUGAGGGCUCUAGCAGCAGAGAACGAACCCCUGACCCCCUGGAGUUGGACACCCAGCCAAACAGGUUAGAGAAUGCCUGGGAGCCCAUGCGUGGGCUCUGCAACGUGCUCAGGGUUCGGGAUGAGAGCUGCAUCACGGAAGACCAGAGGGCAGCAGACCAAAAUGCAGCAGACCAGAAUGCAGCCUUGAGCCCUGAGGACAGGGACUUGGGUCUCUUCCUGCUGCACCAGGACCGGGAGUGUCGUGUCAUCCUAUACAAAAUCCUCUGGGAUGGGCAGGACCUGUUGGCUUCCAACCUGCAGGAGUACUUGGUCCAGAACUCGGAACAACCGCACCUCGCAGUCGACCACAUCAAGCAAAUAAUUGGGAUCCUGAGGGACUUCAUCCACUCCGAGGAGCAUGGAGUGAUGGCAUCCAUGAUAUCAGAGCUAAAGGCGGACCUAAAGUUUGACAGCUUUUUACUCAGUCAGAUUCCUCUGAUACUGUUUGGAUUUCAGAAUGUUGUGACUAGAAUGUUGAGGCACCAUUUAAUUAACGCCCAGUGGCUGUUUGUGAUGGAUAUCAUCAUCCAGCGGGCGGUGAUGGCUGCAGUCGUCAUUCUCAUCUCAGAGCUCCGAGCCCACUUUGAGCCCACCUUGGAAACAGAAGGGGUGAAUGAGGACCCAGAGGAGGUGGGCCAGGAUGGUCCCCCAGCAGACCCACCUGGAACCCAGCACCAGGAGCUCGAGCGGGAUCUGGGCCUCCAGCUGGACCGUCUGAAGCAGGAGACCGGCAGACUUUUGAAAAGCCUACUUCAAACAGAGAGAGCAUACCAGAAUCUUGUACGGCAAACCCCAAAACAGAAAACUCAAGAAUUGUGCCACUCUCCAUCACAAUUAAGCUUUAAUGAGAACACAGCAUCAUCUUAUGAGCAGAGAACAUAUCAAGAGCUUGUAGACUGGUUGCAAAUGCAAGGAGCAGAUGCAAAUACUAUUGAAAAGAUUGUUAAAGAAGGUUACAAACUUUCUGAUAUUCUUAAUGACAUCACUCAGGAAGAACUCAGAUACCUUGGUCUGCGUGGUGGGCUCCUCCGCAGGCUCUGGAAUGAAGUCUCCCAGUACAGAAGACGGAGCCAGGGGGCCCCAGCAACCCAAGAUGAGGCUUAAUCAGUCAGCAAAGCCAGGGGACAGAGGGAGCAAGGAGCCCACAUCUUUGUUGUUAAAUUUCUCAUACACACACACACAAAACACCAUGAAUAAUUUAAAAACUUGAAGUUCUAAAGAGUUAGAGGACAGAGGGAGCAAGAAGCUGACAUCUUUGUUGUUAAGUGUUUCUCAUACAGACACA